AUGGGCAUCGUACAAUAUCUCCAAGUCGUGCUGUUUGUAUUCAAUUUGACCCUCUCCACUGAGGCACAGAAAAAAGUAACUUGUCAAAACUUCAAGUUUGCUAUCGAUGACGAUGUCAUCCAUAACCAAAUUCUUGAGGGUCACUUGUUUAAAAGAUUGACAGUCCCAAACGCCAUCCAGUGUCACUUGAAGUGCAAAGAUGACUGCCUGUGUGUAUCCAUGAAUUAUUUCCCUCUGUCCAAAGAACACAAUUGUGAGCUCAACGAAGCUAACAAAGACAUGGAGCCAGCGGCGAUGAAAUGGAGGAAAGGGGGAAAUUAUUAUGAUUUGGUGAGAAGCUACACGGUGAAGGUGAGAUAAGAUUAUUUAUCUAAUGUUUUACUCAUUGAUUUAUGAACUUUCGUAAACAAAGUAAAUAUCCCAAGAUGUUCAAGUUCGUAAAUAAAAUAAAUAUUUCCACAUGAUCAAGUUUUGCGGUACUCCUUAAAAAAAAAGGUAUAUUAUAUGUCAGUCUGGGCUAAAGACAAUUUUGUACAUAUCGUUUUGUCUGCGAUAUGAUUGGUCUAGACAAAACCAAAACAAACUGAUUUGGCUAAGAGAGGAUUGGGUUCAUUGUCUUUCUCGCAAACUUUUUUCUUAACGGCCAUGUUGUAAUGCGAAGGGAACGGCAGAACAGAAGCGACUACAAAUUUCAUAAAGACAUCACGGACUUUACCAUUGCUGAUUACUGCAUUUCAAAUCUAAUUUUGAGGGACAUUUCAUCUCCAUUCUGGCACCCCGCUAUGUGUUGCACGCAUACGUACUUUGCUCGCACUGUUUGUUAUCAAUUCGAUCCGAUUCCGGUGAGUUUUUUCGGUGGUUGCUCAAAAGUACAUGCCAGCCCAAUUCUAUGAGCAUGGUGAGCUAAAAAAUUAUUUUAAUCUUGCUGUAGGGUGGAGACAGAUACACACCAGAGAAGCAUCAUUGCAUCAACAGAUGCUGCCGCACCAAUCCUUGCCUCAAUGGAGGGGUAUGUCAAGAGAUUUGUGACACUCACAGCACCAGGUUUAACUGUACCUGUCCUAACACAUACUCUGGUCAGCGGUGUGAGAAGAAGAUGAAACAUCCGAGAAGCUGCAAAAACAUAGCUAAGAACGGUGCCUCGACAUCAGGAAAAUACAACAUCUCAAAUUCAGACAAUGAACGGUUUUCUGUUUACUGUGACUUGCAGUCUGAACCUGGCUUUGUAUGGACGUUAAUACAAUCGUUUUCCUUUUCCAAGAAAAAUUCCUUCAAUUAUGCAGGGUUUGGCAAAAAUCUUGAGAUUGAUAUUGAAGAGGAGGAAGUAAAUUGGAACGAGUUCCGAUUAUCCUUAUUACAGAUGCAGUAUCUUGCUAAUCACUCCACGCAUCUGAGAGUAACUUGUAACUUUUCUACGGAUGGUCUGCAGUAUACGGACUACGCACGCGCUAAGCUGGCAGGUCAUGACAUUUUUGGUACCUGGGACACCUGCCAGAUGUACGAAUAUGUCAAUAUCCGAGGAAUCUAUUGUUCUAAUUGCACCGCCCGCACAAAACAAAAGGAAGAUAAGUCCUGGCACAUAAAGAGUUACGAUAGCAUAAAAAAGGGAUGUGAAUUUGAUGGAAAACCAGGUGGAGUCUCCGGUGAAAAAAAUUUCGGAAAAUUUGACGAAAAUUUCACAAAUCCGGAUCACCACUGCUCGUUUUCUCCUGCUUCUACAACGCAGCAUUGGUUUGGAGUUAAAUAUGACGAGUGA